AUGAAGUUCCUCGCUGAAAUUUCAUUGGUAUUAGCCAUGGCAGUCGGUGUCUUGGGUGGUGCAUUGGAUGCUAGCGCGAGUGGCACUGCAACUUCGACUUCCAGCGCGACUUCUUCCAGCGCGCCACCUUCAAGCGUUAGCACAGCGACGGCGACGACGACUACGACCACUGCAAACGCUUAUGGUGCGUAUGGGGAUUAUGGGAAUUACGGAAAGUACGGAAGUUAUGGGAAUUAUAAGAAGAGAAAGGAGAAGUAG